AUGGUGGUUCACCUCUGCGAGAUCUUACUGUGCAGCGCCAUGAUUAAGUCACUCUUCUGGAAUGCUCGAGGGGUGGACAACACUCUUACGAUAGCUCGACUACAAAAGUUGAAAUGCAUGUGCCACAUCUCGUUGAUAGCUCUCUGUGAGCCGUUGGUGGGUCGUGAGCAUUUGGAUAUUGUACGCCGAAAACUGGGUUUCCCGUUUGGUGUUUCGAAUGUUGAAAGCAGAAUUUGGAUAUUCUUUGAUGCUGAGUACGAAUGUGACAUUGCUGUGGCCUCUCCUCAGUUUCUGGCAGUGAAGAUUACCUAUAGCUACUUCCGGUGUCCUUUUAUUACGACUUUUGUCCAUGCACCGUGUGCCCUGGAAGAACGGGAGCAGCUCUGGCAGCAGUUACUUCGGGUGAGUCAAAUGGGUGUCCUAACAAUCUUUCUAGGUGACUUUAACGUCAUUACUAGCGCAAAGGAGAAACAAGGAGGUUGGCCGUUCCGAUUUGUUGAGGUGGAGUCGUUCUUAAAUUUCACUGAGGAAGCGGCCUUAACGGAUUUGGGUUUCUCUGGCCCCAAGUUUACAUGGUGCAAUAAUCGCCGGGGGAGGGCCCGGAUAUGGAAGUGUCUGGAUCGAGCUCUAGUGAAUCAGAUGUGGUUGGACUUGGCGGUUAACACUUCAGUGACACACUUGCUUAGAGUGGCUUCGGAUCACUCUCCGUUGCUGGUCACUUGCUCCUUUGCCAUCGGCAGUGGCCCACCCAGCUUCCGGUUUCUGGAGGCGGUGAAGGAUGCGUUGCGACUGUGGAAUAAGGAGGUAUUUGGAAAUGUUUUCGAUUGCGUCCGGGAAAGGGAAGAGCGGGUCCUUUCUUUGGAAGGGUCUUUGGAGACUAACCCAAUAGAGGAGGGUGAACGUCUGCUUACCCAAGUGCAGUGUGACCUCAAGGCGGCUCUGCUGCAGGAAGCUAGAUAUUGGCGUCAAAAAACUUGUGUUCGGUGGCUCAAAGAAGGGGAUGCUAACAUUAGAUUUUUUCAUGCCCAGUUUAAGCAGCGGUGUGUGCAUAGUUAUAUACACCGUAUAAAGGAUAUGAAUGACAUAUGGGUAGACGACCGGUCCCAGAUAGAAUCCAUGGCGAUUGAGUACUUCUCUGAAAUAUUGGUGCAACAAGCACAAGUUCCAGUGGAUCAUUCCCUCCUAGACAUUAUCCCCUCGGUGGUAUCAGAGCAAGACAACGAGACUCUUCAACAAUUACCUACUGAAGACGAGAUUCAAAGAGUGGUAUUCCAGUUAAAUGGGGAUAAUUGUUCGGGCCUGAUGGGUUUACCGGCUCUUUCUUUACUACGUGUUGGGAUGUUGUGA